CGCUACGGAGGACUACAUUGGUUGUGCGACUAGAAUCGCAUGGCUUUGUUGUGGCUGCUCGUUGCUGUUACUGCUACGGGGAUCUUUCGUUGCCGCUGCUCGCAGGUGUUACUUACAGUCGGUCAGUGAGCAGUUAUUCAUGGUGAUCUACGGCGAUGAUGAUGAUGGUGUAGUGUUCUACUUAAACAAUGUCAUGAAAGCGUAACGAGGCAAAAAGGGGCAGACAGAAAAAAGAAGAACUUUAAUCUAUGCAUAUGUAAACCGGCGAUGCUAUAACAAAGAAAAACUCAAAAUCAUCAGGAAUCGUUUACAUCGCCGACGCGAAGAAUGCGCACGUUACGCAACGGCGACAAUCAAAAAUAGGUUGUUUAUUGUCUACACACAGGUAUUUUAUACAGAGAAAUUCCAUGUUCGAUUUUCUUUUGCUGCUACUUUGCCCUGACGGUCUGUUUGCGUUGUUGGUAAAAGCGGUGCAGUGUCCCCACCGAAAGUUGCCGCUGCUGCUAUUGAACUCAGCGGAGUUCUACGGGGGAUUUCUUGUGAGCAUCGGUUGCUACUAUUGAAGAGGAAAAUAACGAAGUUCUUAGCGCACUAGCAGGGUGCUGUACGAGGAUUGGAAACGGGAAGUUAAAAGGCGGCUGAAAGAACAGAAGACGAAAAAUGUAAAAACAUUUCGGGCUAGGCCACUGAGAAAACGUUUCUCCGGAUAGAAAGAAUUUUAUCUAGCGGUGGCGAGGUGGUUACAGUGAUAGACUAUUUUUUCCCAAGUCCUCAUAUUGUGCGCCUGACUGUGUGUGUGUUCUUGCUCUUUAGCGUCCGAUAACUUUACAGCAAGAAAGUCAACUAUAGAAGAAACUUGGAAAAACUAACUCAGUAUUAAAGUUGCCGGUAAAACGGGCCUGAUUGCUGGACCAUAUUUGACAAGCGUCAUUUAUUCUGUUAGACGAACAACGUUAUACAAACUAGACCCUAACAUCUUAGCGAACCUUUAUCGUUCAAAAAUCCGACAAUCUGUCGCUUUAAAUCUCAAACAAGUUAUCCCAAAGAAUGAUGGAGCCUGCCUAGAUGCUACAAUUACCGGCCAGUAGUGGAUGUGCGCGUGGUUAAACGAUUCGUUUCACAGUCUGGUAGUGUGACGGAACCCCGUCGGAGGAAUAAAUCGCGCUACUGUUUGUGCGUUUUUCAGUUUCGUGCCGAUCUUCGACGGCGUUCCACCAUCACCUGACAAGAAAGGACAGUAAGUACUGUGUGUGUGAAGUGUAUAGAAGUGGUGUUCUUUCAAUUUGAUGUUGGAAGAGUAAACUGACGAAUGGUGCAGUCGCUACCACGGGAAGCUGUUAGUCGUUGAGAUUGAGGGGAAGCCGGCGCGGCCAAUACGAAGAGAGUCAAUCUCCAGCCAGGUAAUGAACAUUGGUGGCCAUCCUCGCACGCCAUUUUCUGUUUGUUGGCGUUGUUAUUUUGUAGGCGGCAGGCGACCACGUACUGCUGUCGUGCACGGGUCGCACGCAAACGCGAACCCGCGAACUUCGAACGCGGGGCGCGAUCGUCGUUUAUGGACGCGUCCCCGUAAUUUUAGUCCCUUCAGUCACGCCGUUUGCGAUUGGAAAACUUGCAGUGAUAGUGGCCAGACCGACGGUAGCAAAGAAGGGGAAAAAGGGGAGGAAGAUCAUCAAGAAAACUGGACAAAAACGAAAGCCAGCCACAAAUACGACGGGACGAAGGGGAAAAGUUGGAGGUGGCGCUACUGCAGAGUGAACUUUCACCGCUAGAGGCAGAAGUAGCAAUAGAUAAAAUAGCGGAUACGACUAACGCGACGUUGUGGGAAGAACGGGAUCAGCACGAGAAAGAUUCAUUAGACUGCUUGCUUAUAGAGUCAGUGUAUCUUCUCGAACGAAAAAAUCUGAAAGAGGAUCGAAGUAAAACGACAAAGCUAACGAACGGAAGAGUUGGGUGGUACACGCAUUUGCCAGCAAUUAACAGUCUCAUUGUUUUCGCAGGCCAUGGCACAGCAAAACGAAGCUUCUACUGAUGAUGCCCGGUCACCGAAUCUAAAUGUGUCGGCAGACGAGUGGGAGCUCGGUGACGAGAACGACGUUGUAAAUUCGUUAGCGUCUCGUCGUCUUAUAUUGCGUCGGAUCGCAUCGCCGUCCCGAAGCCGGAGCGGGCACAGCCAAAACAAAGUGAAAAAUCAAAACCACAUCGCGCAGCCACAGCAACAUCACAAACAACAAUACAACAAUCAUCAUAACCAGCUGCCUCAACGACAACAACAACAACAACAACUUCAAUUAGGCAACAAUCGACAGCAGAUGGGCGUUACAAGGCAGGCAAAUGAUCAUGAUCUGCACCACUAUUCCCCUUUAGGCGAAAACAACUCGACGCCUACGACGACGUCGGCGACGACUCCAAGUGCCAACGCGACCCCUGAUAACUGCCCUCAGUUAGCUGUCUACCAUCAGCGCCACCGGCCCUCACGUCAUCACGGCGGCUUGCAACAGCUGCACCUGCACAGCAGCCCGCAAGUCUCCAAUCGAAUGGAACAAGACGGCCUACCUCCCCGAAAGGACGUGGUGCAGCAGUCUUCCACCGAAGAGGAAUACAGCGAGGCGCAUGGUAAUCGGCUGGCCAAUGCCUUGUUCCGAACGGCGUCACGCGGCCUGGUUCAACCAGUCUCGACAGCUGUCCCUUCUGCCGGGGUACAUAUUUCGCGUCAUACAGACUCGUCAUCCGUUCACCCGCAAAGGAUAUUCUGCUAUCUGGACCAAGGCUCACCAGCUCGCUACCAAUGGAGAAGCUGCAAUCUGAAUUGUGAUAUCCACGAGGGGUGGCUGAACGAGGACCAAGUGCGCAGAGUCAGGAAGCAGCUGUACGUCAACAAUCGGGUAAGUGAACAAGACAGUCCACAACGUCCGGCAUCGAGGUCAUACCGUCACCAACGGCGGAAUACGUUCGCUCACCAACAUCAUACACUGUCUGAUCGGGAACGAGAAAGCGCUGAACGGAAGGUGACUCAACGGCAAUACGGCAGCAGUGCUGCAGUUCCAGUACAUGGCGGCAGCGGCCGAUUACAUACGCAACUGGCGCAACUUCACAGCGAGCUUCACGGGGAUAAUUGGUCGAGUCCAGCUCACCACCGCUUGCUCCAGCAGCUGACAACGGGAAGCCAACCACCGCUACAGCAUCACCAAGGCCAUCAGCAGUAUCGUCACCGGUUCGAUCUGAGUUAUGGUCGUGAAGUGUGCUAUGAUCCUCAUCGGGAUCCGGAUCAUUCGUCUGACCUCAACAUUCACAAUUCGCGUGUAGCGAUGAGGUCGAGCGACUUCGAGUCUUCAGCCCCUAUAGAGAUCGAGAGUACAAAGCUAGCCAACCCUGAAUCCGGUAUCGAAUUAGAAGGAAUCGACGGUCCAGGCAGAAGUAGCACUUUUACCCAGCACCACCUGCUGCAGCAGCGGGCGAGCUUACGCCGCCAAUCGCGCCGCCUUACACGGAACUUCUCGAUCCAGCCUGAUCUUGAAGCCAGCUGCGUACUUCAAAGAAGGCCCGACCCGCAACCGAUCGGGCCUCUGGGCCACGGUCCUAGUCAGACGGCACUCCAGGGCUUGCCCGGAAGCUACUCUGCGCAACAUUCGUCGGGCGGGACCCUCGACAGUAACAGCCAGCGGCGUCGCCUGAAGACGCGCUCUACAAGCGUCGACAUCUACUCCACCCCGACGCGGGCGUCGGUUGCCACCCUUUACGCUCACCCUAAUCCAUAUGCAACGCCUGAAUACUAUGGUAACUGCGAUGAAGCCUGGCUCUCGGGGGACGAAGUGAGCAUUAUGAGUGGCUCGGCAUCAUCGAGCUGCUGCUGGACGACCGGCAUAUCAUCGGGUUGCGGGGGUGGGCAUUGCGAGGAGACAACGGCGGGCUCUGGUCGCUCGUCGUCGGCCAUGCACGCGGCCAACUCGCAGGGGGGAGUACCGCUCACAGGGGGGCAUGGGCCACAUGUGGGAAGCCACGGUCCGCGUACACGCGGAGUUAGCUCGACGUCAGUUGUGCGUCGUUCGUUAUCGAACGCAUUAACCAGCCCCGCGUUGUCACCCUCAAGAACGGCCAUGUCGUCGGUGCGCUCACGGGACACUGGUUAUAGCGAGGGGACCUGCCGAUCCAGUUCAUCAUCCAGCUCAAGUAGCGAUCAUUCGAGCACGUCUGGAGCGCUGGCCUCAGUUUCGGAUGAUGACGACGACGAUGACGACGACGAUGAUGACGACAAUGUGGUCGAAAAUGAACAUGUGUCCUCAAAGCAACAGCAGACGCCAAAACCUUCAAAAAAGGUAGGUCGUACUAAGUCGUGCCCGGUGGCCACAUCAUGGCCCCAACGGCUCUUGGCCGUUCGCGACUUACAGGACACCUUGCUAGCAGUCCCUGCCCCGCUGGCGCUUCGUAGCCGAGGCGAUUUUGUAUGGCCACCGACAAGCCUUUUAUCACAUGAAACCACCCACGAAAUCAUUGGUGUCAGCGAGCAAACCCCUGUGUCCCUUCGCGAGAGUUCUACGCAUCUGCAGGACGCGGGGUCGUCCGUGGAACCGUUGACGCCUCUCAUCUCGUUGGCGGCUUCUUCCCAGUCGCCGUCUCCUGCUGGCGCCUCUCCACAUAGUAAUCCCUACUGCCACGACCGAAGUAGCCCCUGCAUUGAGAAAGACUCGGCGAUCUCAGAGUGCAGAAGCCCCCAGCUAACAGACCGCUCUCCUGUGUCCCCUUCUCUGACGAGGGCCCUCAGCACCGAUACCCGAUCGAACAAGGGCAGCGAUGGAUGUUCCACUGGAGGGACUGCUUCUCCAUCCAAGGUUCUUUCAACGAAUUCAAGUAUGGAAAAAAGGUCCGACUCUGAGGAGGGUGCUGACGGACCUCGGAAACCUCAAGAAGAUCAGGAACGCUGCACCGCUGGUGACAACGCUAACGACGCACCUCCAGGCGGACGCGAGCGCAAACCGUCGAAGACGUCGACAGAUCGCGAGUCGGACCGUGAACGCGAACAAGCUGGAGGCCGGGAAAAGCGCCUCUCGUCAUCCACUCCGACACUCGGCGUUCAACAUUCGCUUGAUUGCGACUUCGGGGAUAAGCUGCACACGGCCAAGCCCGAAAUCGACGAAGGCGACUAUGGAAUUGGACCAACGUAUAAGAAGAUGAGUGAGGCAGAGUAUCUCUCCCGCCUGAGCAUCCAUGAUGCCGCCAAAACGGGCGACCUACAUGUCAUCAAACUCCUGAUUCGCCGGGAUAAGAAACGAAUGGAAACUGUGGACGAGCGGGGUUGGACUCCACUACAUUUAGCUGCCGCGAACGGGCAUACCGACAUUGUAAAGUACCUGUGCAGUGAGGGCGCACAUAUACGCGCGUUGGACCCGACGGGCUAUACGUCAAUGCACGUAGCGGCAAUGAAUGGAAACGAGCCGUGCUUACAGGUCCUUCUUAAGAUGGGCGCUGAUGUAGAUAAUGAAGCCAGUGACGGAUUCACACCGCUACAUCUCGCCACUCUCAACUUUACGAAACAAACAGAACAAUGAUGCAUAUAAAAUUUUAAAGGAUUUCCUAAUGAGAUGUGAUCGAUAACGAAUCGUCUGCUGCCAACUUGUGCUCAAAGGCGAGACGCCGUUCACGGGUCGAAAAGCCAAUACGGAAUGCAUCAGUUGAAACAAUCGUAUCUCCGUAUUACCGUUAGAUCUGUUGGUAGCCGUCAGCCGAAUACGCUUCUGUAAUAGAUACAUACGUUGUUAACGAGAAUUUCAACUAUCGUUGCCUAUAUACACUUUGAAACACAAUGUCCAUUGCAGUACAAAUUCGUAAAUUACCUGUACAUAAGCUCAGGAUGUGGACAGAAAUCGUUGACGUUAUGUGGGGUUAUGUGUUUUUUGUGAUUGUCUGCGCCGUGAUUGCGUUCGCAGCAACCACGCUGACUGUGUAAAAACGCUGUUGGCGUGGGGAGCAAACAUGGGCCGUGAGGACGCACUUGGACGUACCAUUCAGGAUAUGGUGGA